AUGGAAAAAAAAUAAGGAGCAGUAAAGUAAAUAGUAUCCUCUAAUUGUGUGUUAAUUUCUGGACCAAUUAAUAAUGAGACAGGAGUUCCAAUGACUAAAUUCUUGACUUUGUAAGGAAUUCAAGCACCAGAAUUCUCAUUGACAGAUAAAGAAAAUCCAAAAUAAGAGCCAUUUGGAUUUUAAGCAAGAGAAUUUUUAAGAAAGUAAGUCUUAGGAUAAUAAAUUGAAUUCAUAAUUGACCAUAAAAUCAAAGAUUAAAAUGAUAAAGUAAUUGGAAGAAUAUUUAAAAAUGGAUAAGAUAUUGGGGAAUUAUAAUUAAGAGAAGGAUUGGCAUAAUUAAGAUAAUAAGGUAAACCAAGUUAAGAAUAUGAAAAUGCAUAAAAUUUGGCUAAAUAAAAUGGAAAGGGAAUAUGGUCAAAAAAAGAAGAAUUAGUGAAAUAUAAUAAAAUUGAAUUAAAGGAUGUCAAACCUAAAUAAUAUACUUAAUGUUUUGUUGAAGAUGUAUAAGGAUUGUUUGUAUUUUAUGCUUACAUUCCAGAAUUAUAAGGUUUAGUCAAAUGUUCAUAUGGAGAAGUAUUUAUGCCAACCUCAGUUUCAUAAGUAUUGUAAAAUAGAGCAAAAUGGACAAUCUAAGAGUUAAUUCUUUAAUAAGAGGUUACUUUGACUGUUUAAGGAUAAGAUGAAAAGUUUUAAUCUUUGAGAGUAGAUAUUAAAAAGAAAGAUUUAGAUGUAAAAAAAGAACUAGUAAGUUUAGGAUACUUUAGAUUAUCACCAAAUGCAUUUUAAUUAAUAAAUGAUUAGAAAAGGUAAUAUAUUUAUUAAUUUUUCUUAUAGAUACAAUGAAUUAAAAGAAACUUAAAGUCAAGCUGAGAUUAAAUUGAUAGGAAUAUGGAAGGAUGCUAUGAAAUAAUAAUAAUAAUAAUAAUCAGUUGUCUUAUAAGGAGGUAAAUAGACAUACACAGCCAAAAUUAUUGAAGUUCAUUCAGGAGAUUAAUUGACUGUGAUGAAUGUUAAUAAUAGAUAAUAAUCAAGAGUAUUAUUGGCAUCCAUUAAGGCUCCAAAAUAUUCAUUAAAAGAAACUCAACCAUUUGGAUAUGAAGCUAAAGAAUUUGUUAGAAAACAUGCUAUUGGUAAAAUAGUUAAAGUAGAAGUUGAAUAUGAAAAGAAAAUUAAACCAAAAGAAAUUGAAGGAUUGGCUGAUGAAGAUGAUAAGAAAAAAUUAUAAUAAGAAUUAAAUAUGAUCUUUGUUAACAUUAUAUUAACUGAAGAUAAUGAUUCAAAUUUAGCUGCUUUAAUUGUAGGAGCAGGUUUUGCUACUGUUUAACCUCCAAGAGGAGAUGAUGGAGUUUCUAGAUAUAUUGAUGAAUUAACAGGUGCUUAAGAGGCUGCAAAUAAAGCUAAAAAAGGAAUUCAUGGUAAACCAGUUUAAUUACCAAAAAUGACUGAUUUAUCUGUUAAUCCUAAUUUAUAAAGAUCAAGAGAUGCUUUUGAUUCUUUAAGAACAUUAAGAAAAUUAUCUGGAGUUGUUGAAUUAGUUUUAAAUGGAUCCAGAUUAAAAUUAAGAUUCUAAGAAUAAAAUUAUACAUCUAUUGUAGUACUUGCUGGAGUUAAAUGUUUACCAAAUGAAUAAAAUUUACCAGAUUAUUAAAAGUUCUCUAAUAUAGCUUUGUAAUAUGUUAAGGAAAAUGCUCUUCAAAGAGAUGUUGAUAUCGAAUUAACAUCUAUUGAUAAAAAAGGCAUCUUUCAUGGACAUGUUUUCUUAGGAAAAUAAAGAAUUAAUUUAGGAUUAACACUUCUUGAAUUAGGAUUAGCAGUUACAUUUAAUCCAGUUGCAAAUAGUCAUGCUUAUUAAGCAUUAUUUGCUGAUGCUGAAUCAAAGGCUAAAUUGAAGAAAGAAGGUUUAUGGGAUAUCAAAGGUUUAGAUUUAACUAUUGUAAAAGGUGAUGAUGAUGUACCUGUUAGAUCUGAAUGCAAAUUAUUGAAUGGAGAAGUAAAAAAUAAAUUUAUAUUAUUAGUUAAAAAAACUUGUAUUAGUUGAAAUUGCAGAUAGUAAUACCCUUUACUUUUAAGAUCCAACUGAUAAAUUGUUAGGAUAAAUUGAAAAGAGUCUUGCAUCAUUUACAGCUAUUGAAGCUAAUAAAUUAAUUCCACCAUUCAAAAAGGGUUUGCUUUGUGUUGCUAAAUUCUCAGUUGAUGGCAAUUGGUAUAGAGCAAAAAUUACAAGAGAAUUAAAAAAUAGAUAUGAAGUCUUAUUUAUUGAUUAUGGAAAUGUUGAUAUUGUAUCAUAAAAUGAUAUCAGAAAACUUCCUGAGAAUCUUGCUGCAUUACCUCCUUAAGCUAUUAGAUGUAAUUUAGCUUUUAUUACAGGACCAUCAAUUAGUCAUGAAUUAGGCAAUAAAGUAAUAAAUUUUAGUAAUUUAAAGGUUGGAUAAUUCAUUAGAGAUUAAAUCUUUGAAAAAGAAGUUGUUGUUUCUUUUGAAUAUUAGGAUGAUAUAAGUAAAGGAGUUAUUGCCUAUUUGACCAAAGAGAAUUAAGCCAAUAAAUCACUUAACAUUUUAUUAUUAUCUUAAGGCUUUGCUAAACUUGAUAAAACAGUAAUAUGAGAUAUUAAUUUAUAGGCUCCUCCUUUACCUUAAAAAUUAGAAGAAUGGGUUAAGGCAAGUUAAGAGGCUGAAAAUAGUUGCAAAGGUUUAUGGAAUUAUGAUGAAGAAACUGAGUGAU